UAAUGGUUUUUUUGAAGUUGUGUUGUUUUUGUUCAAACGAGGUCUAUUUAUAGAUAUUCUAGGAUUUGCUAGAGCACGAGCAAUCCUUGUUGAAUUUUUUUUGCCGUUGUAAUGGAAGCCCAUAUAAAAUGUUCCUGGUAAUUUAGAGCUAAGGGCGGCUUACCAACGUUCAAAAAGUUCAUUGCCGUCGAGACAGCUCCACAGUACAUAGUCGUCUAUUUUCUACUCAAGUAGAUGCACAGGCCUGAAAACUAGAAUAGCACAGUAUUAGUUCCAUUUGUCUCUAUCAGUUGUUACAAAGAUGGGUGACUGCUGUGAAGAAGUAGUGCAAUUUGAUCUCUUAGACUCUUCAGUUAAAAAAAUUGUUAACAAAGCCAAAGCAGUUAGGGAAAAAGCUUAUUGCCCAUACAGCAAAUUUGCAGUAGGAGCUGCAAUUUUGUGUGAAGAUGGAGCUAUAAUUGAUGGUUGUAAUGUUGAAAAUGUUUCAUAUGGUUUAACAAUAUGUGCAGAAAGGUCUGCCAUUUGCAAAGCUAUCUCUCAGGGGCAAAAAAUUUUCAAGAGUAUAGCGAUUUGUGCUGAAAUGAAAGACAAAUUUGUUGGUCCUUGUGGAGCCUGUCGUCAGGUGCUAGCUGAAUUCAGUUUAGAUAUGGACAUCUAUUUAUGUAAGCCAAACAAUGAAAUUGUUAAAACCACGGUAGGAAAACUACUGCCGCUUUCAUUCACCCCAAACUGGGUGUCGUUUUCUUCGUGAAUCGAUAAAAAAAAACAUUAGUAUCUCUGUUCAUGUUUUGCGAUAAUAAGUAACAUGUUGUAGGUUCACUAUGUUUAUUGGUUCUGUGCAAUAAAGUCACAUCAACUAACCAA